UUUCCGCGGCAGGGGCCAGGUGCUGUGGCGAGUCUCUCCAGCGCGGGAGCUGCUGCGUGCCCCACCGCGGACAAACGCUGCACGGCAGUACAAGCGCGACACAAACAACUCAGGCAGUGCGGGCUCUGCGGGCGACCAGCCCGAACAUCCGAGAUCGCAAAAGGUAGCUCGAGCGCGUGUGAACCCAGCCCCUGCAAGUCCGACAUCUGAAUGGCCAUUCCCCGCGCAGCAGCAGAUGCUGCUGCGCCACCCUGCCUGUGUGGAUGGCGGCCCCCCCGCUCGCUCCACCUCCAAGGCCACGAGCAUCACGCUGUCCGCUCCGCACGACCGCAGGGUUCGCAGAGCGGUCGCAGAGCGCGCUGCAGGCACGACGAACCGAGAGCCGAGCUCGGGAAGUGGGGCACUGCGGACGCAGGGCGUCCUGGCGGAAUGAAGCAUCACAAAGGUGCCCUCGGGAGGGGCACACCGCGGAGAAAUUGCUCAACCAUCUUCUCCUGCUCCUGCCCCCUGCUUCCGAGCAGACCUGGCCGACGUCUGCUGUCCUUCGGCUCGCGCCGGG